AAUUUAAAAGACUGCAACUGUGUUAUUAAUUCAGUAUAACUCAAACGUUAGAAUCAUAUGGUUUUGUUUUUGAGAUGGAAUUCGUGCAAACGGACAAAAUCCUGGAGGUUAGGCCGGAUACAAAGGAGUAUGUUCGGAAGCUGUAUAACUUAGAUAAACCAGGAAGCUUGGAAGAUGCGAUAAAUAUACUAAAAGAAUGGGUCCAAAUGCAGCCACAUUUUAAUAAAAAGGAUUUCAGUGAUCGUUAUUUGGAGACGUAUAUUAUUGUAAACAAAGGAUCGGUAGAACGCGCGAAAGAACAGCUAGACAGACUUUGCACAAUGAAGACAGUGUUGCCACAAUAUUUCGGAAAUUACAAUAUCAAAACUGAUUUUGAAUAUUUACAUGACGUUGCCAAUUCAUUUCUGUUGCCCAAAUUAACAGAAGAUCACUACAGGGUAAAUGUUAUCAAAUUUUUUAACGUUGCGUGGGAACCAAAUAAAUCUAUCAAUUUUUACAGACAUAACGUUAUUUUGGCAGAAUACGUUAAGGCUCAUGACUAUUUAAGUGGAUUCGUUAUGAUCAUUGAUUGCACGGAGUCUAACUUGAUGAACCUUUUGAAAAAUAUAAACCCUGUUCAAUUGAGACAAGCUUUAUCUAUCUUUAUUCAAGGCUUCGGCAUGAGAAUAAAAGGGAUCCACAUAAUAUCAAAAUCAGGAUUAGUGGAUGGUUUGGUGACAUUGUUGAAACAAGUUGUCAGCGCGAAAGUGGGUGACCGGAUCAAUGUACAUAAAACUUUUGAAGAGCUCCAUAAAUUCAUCCCAAAAGCCAUACUUCCCAAAGACUAUGGUGGUGAAGAACGUUCUAUGAAAACUCUUCAAGAGUUAUGGCUCAAUGUGCUUUCAUCGGAGGAACAUUUAAGAUACUUGGAAGAUAUAAACUCAGCUACAACCAACGAGUCCUGUCGACAGAAAGAUCAGUUUUGCGAACAAUAUGCAGGAAUGCCGGGCACAUUCAGAUAUUUGAGUGUAGACUAAGAAAGUAUAUAAAUCUAGUAUAAGCCGAGUUGGAAUACCACUGCGAAUAGAUGUAGCUUAUUUUUGUCAUACAUUCAGCGCUAUCUCUAG